AUGUCACAUCUCCUUCACAAGGUGAAAGAAGCCGUGACUGGCCAUCACCACGAUUCCAAGGAGCAUCGUAACCAGGCUGGAAGUUCUGACGCUGGAAAACACGAAUCAUGA